CCAGCAGCCGAAAUGAGCUCCACGGCCAGGCCGGGGCCUGUCUUGCUCGGGCUUCGGGACGCAGCCAUCGAGACGGGAAGCCACUGUUCCUGGGAGACCAGCAAAGCGGGAGGGAGGCCGGACUGUGUCCCUGGCAUUACCAUGCAGUAUCCUCACUGUCCGUGUUGCAGUGAUCGUCUUAUUCACAUUGUUCAGGUGUACUGCCCCCUGGAAGGCUCGGCCUACCAUCGCACCAUCAAUGUCUUGGCUUGUUUCCGGCCGGAGUGCUGGGGGCGAUCGGACAGCUGGAAGGUGCUGCGCUCCCAAUGCCUGGAGACACCACACAAUCCGGAAGUGACCACGAAGACUGCUCCUGUACCUGUGACAGUGAAGGCCUGGUGUCUUGAUGCUGAUGACUGGGGCAUGGACGAUACCUUGGGGUCCAACACCAAGGACUUAGUGCAGACCCCAGACCCUGUCUCUGAGCAAGGGGUCAGGGAGCAGACGACCCGGUUGGAAGCCCUCUGUCUGCUGGAGGAACCUGAGGGCCAGGGGUUGGUCUCUGAAAGCCCAGUGCCACAAUUCCAGCCAUUCUACAUCAGUGUGGUGGAGGAGGAAGAUUCCCAAUCACAAAGCAGCUUCAGCCAUGAGCAGGAGCUACUGCUGGAAUACCAGAGGAGGGAAGGUGUCUGUGUGGAGCAGCUGCCUGUCUCAAGCUGUGAAGGGCCUCCAGAAACAUAUGAGAAAUGUAAAGUUCAACAUGGGGACACAACGUUCGCCAAAUUCAUGAAACGCAUUUCUAGCUGCCCUCAACAGAUUUUACGGUAUUGCUGGAAUGGUAGCCCACUACUGCUGUCCUCACCCCCACUGGGGCUUGAGUCAGCCACUGCUGCGUGUGAGCUCUGUGCCAGUCCCAGGGUGUUUGAGUUCCAGCUGAUGCCCGCUCUGGUUAACAUGCUGAAAAGUUCCAGCAGCCAAGAGUGGACUGUGGAGUUUGGGACAGUGCUGAUCUACACGUGUCGGAGGAGCUGCUGGACUCCCACUAGCCACACACCAGUGGAGGAACAUGCUUUUGUGCAGGCAGAUCCAGACCAGCAUUUCUUUAAUAGGCAUUGAUCACUAGUGAUCUUGUUCAAAAUAAAACCAGAGUCUGAUCUGAAAAACCUGCCGUCCUGCUCUUGGAAUGAAGUUGUGACAGGCCUUGGCUGCAAUUCGACAUAUGGACACCAGGUGGCUAUGCAGUCCCCACCAUAAGGGAGACUUGUAUUUCCGUAACACCUUGCAUGAUUGCAAAGAUUUCAAAACAUUUACAGCCAAUGAAACAACUAGCUUCAGUAACAACACAACUGAUCCACAUGCCCUAGUUCCCACAAACAGUGUGAUGACCUGCAUUCAGAGUCGUCCAGCACAGAAACAGACCCUUUGGGCCAACUUGUUUGUGCCAACCAGAUAUCCUAAACUGAUCUCAUCCUGUUUGCCAGCAAGUCCUAUUCAUGUACCCAUCCAGCUGCCUUUGAAAUGUUGUAAUUGUACCAGACUCCUCCACUUCCUCUGGUAGAUUGUUCAAUACACCCACCAUCCUGUCUGAAAAAAAAGUUGUCCCCUUAAACUUAUGCCCUCCUACACUUGAGAAAAGACCCCAACUAUUCGCCCUAUCCAUGCCCCUCAUGACUUUAUAAACCUCUAAUAAGGUCACCCUUCAGCCUCCAACACUCCAGGGGAAAGUAGCCCCAACCUAAUCAGCUGCUCCCUAUAGCUCAAUCCCUCCAACCCUAGCAAUAGCCUUGUAAAUCUUUUCUGAACCCUUUCAAGUUUCACACCAUCCUUCCCAUUGCAGGGAGACCAGAAUGCAGUAUUCCUAAAGUGGCCUAACCAAAGUCCUGUACAUCUGCAACAUGACCUCCCAUCUCCUAUACUCAAAACACCCUCUUUCCCCACCUUGUCUACCUGCAACUCCACUUUAAGUUACAUUUAAGUGCCAUUAAUUGAGACUUAAAUAUUGGUAGAAGACAGUGGGGAGAGCUCCUGGCUAUAAUCCAAAACUACAUCAUGCGAUCUUUUACAUUUUUAGGUGGGGGUGGGGUAUGAAGUUUGUUUAAUGUCUCAGCUGAAGAUAGACCCUCAGACAGUACGGCACUCCUUCAGCACUUAAGGGUGUAAAGGCGGCAUUUGACCAAGUGUGGCAUCAAGAAACCUGAGUAAAACUGGAAGCAGUGAGAAUUGGAGGAAAGUUUUCUGCUGGUUGGAGUCAUAACCUGGCACAUAGGAAGAUGGUUGAGGUUAGUGCAGGUCAGUCAUCUCAGCUCCAGGACAUCUCUGCGAGUGUUCCUCAGGGGAGUGUCUUUGGCCCAACCAUCUUCCGCUGCUUCAUCCAUGACCUUCCCUUCACCAUUAUUAAACAGUGGUACAGUUCUUAUUUUUCAUUAUAGUUUAAAUAUUUGGCCAUGUUUUUAAGAAUGUGUUUUGUUUUAUAAUAAA